AUGGCCCAACUCAAUCAUGCUGCCGACCAGAAUGGAAGUGAGGAUGACAACGCUGUGCUCAUCGCGAGCAUGAGUCUCGACCUACAGGCGCGCAUUGAGGGCCUCAGGCAGCAGGUUGAUAAUGCUCCCUCGGCCAGCCCUUCAGCGUAUGACGCAGCCAAGCCCAUGUUCGAACAGGAGCUGCCCGGCUACGAUUUCGACGAUUUCCUCGGCCGUCGUGUUAUGAGCCGUAUCAAACGGACGCGCGCAGCAAUGCAGCGCUGUGAGCCGAAGUGGAAGCAACUGCAGGAGGCGGAUGGCUGGAAGCUCGACCGGGCGACUUUCAUCCAGCACUUUGGUGAGCACAGGCUGGGAUCCGUUAGGUUCCUUGAUCCCCUGGUUCAGCUCGCCAAAGUCGUGACUCUGGAUACAGCGUUACCGGUGCUGAACCGGAUACAGCAGCUCCGUAUUUCUGGCACCAAUCCACGCGCUGGAGUCUCUCGCAAAGAGCGCUGGCAACCCAUCGACGUGAGCAUGGCUCUAGAAGAACUCGCGCCGCAGCAAGGAGUAACGGCGUCCCGCACCACGCGCAAGAGGAAGAAGACAGGCGCCAACAGUGGGGACGAAUCCGUAAGUUUCCAACCCUUUCGUCUUCGUGAAGUUUCGCUUCCAGGCGUGACGAGUUAUCAGAGCCAAACCCCGACGGUUCGCAUUGUCUCUACGGGGUUUAUGAGUUAUGCGUAUUGCUUCGCCUUGUUCCCGUCAGCGCUGGUUCCGUACGUCGCGCUAAUUGCAAUGUCAUUUACUCAGAGUACUCCUAAGCCUCUUAUUCCGCGCAAGAAAAAGCCCUUGGCACGUAAGCCGAAGCAGCCUCGCGUGAGCCUAUCCACGCACAACGGCAGUGAGCGCGACGUUGAGCAGGCCAGGUCUCAGCCCAGCCAAAGAACUUCAGAGGUGGUGGGUACUUCAGGCAAGAAUGACGGUGUCUCUUAUGAAGGUCUGGAUAUCACACAAGGUAGUACUUUGAUGGAUUUGGAUGAAACUGUUCACGAGACCCUUCAGCCGAUAAGACCUCCACCGGCUCCUGAAAUACUUAUCCCUACGCUAUCUCGGCAUCUGUCAUCAUCGGAGACUCAGGAUCCCCCGUCUUUAACAUCUCCUCUAACCACCAUCUCUCCGACCACCACCUCUCCGGCUAAUAACUCCGCAACCACCACCUCUCAGACUGCUAUUACCUAUCCGACCACCACCACCUCUCCGACCACCACCACCUCCGCGACUGUUGCCUCCUCUAUGCCCGCUACAGAUAAAGCAGGCGCUGCGUCUACAUUCGCCGACAAGAAAUGGCUGUCGGCAACUGCGAUUGAUUACGUGCUAGACGUCUUUCAGACUGAAUGUUUUCGUUUGAUUGACAAUACAGUCGCCGACCCGGCGCCUUCGAACUCUAGUAGUAAGCGCAUCCGGGUUGGGCCACACGAGCAUACGGCUGCACAGCUGCUCUUAGCAGCCGGCCACUGGACAGUCGGUAUUAUAGACCUUAAAACAGGAGCUGUUGAGCAUUUAGACAGCCUACGGAGUGGCAGCAACCCCGGCAUUCCCUCUACGACACGCAACGCAUUGUCGCGUUCCACAGGGCUACUCUCACAGAAUGAACACCUCCGAGAUCUGCAAUGGACAUACAGCUCGAAGGACUGCGCACAGCAACCCAACACAUGGGAUUGUGGCGUCUAUAUGCUGGUCACAAUCUUACAUCGGAUGAAGGGAUUGCCUCAGCCGCAGUCUAUCGACGCUGGCCUCUGGAGGAAGGUCUUCCACGCUGCGCUCACUGGGGCCGUUGGGAGUGCCGAAAGAAUGAUUCCUAGCAGCGACAUCUUUCACGAUUUCCCCACGAGCGAAAGCCAACCUGGCGAUGGCUCAGGUCUGGCCGCAGUCUCCGCCCGAUGGGCGCGCACGUAUGCAGCUAUUGACGAGCGCGUCACCACCCACCGGCGCUCACUCCAGCGCGCCCAAGCAGCACACCAGCACGCUACAGCCGCCCGCACGCUCCUCACCCACUUCCAUGACGCUAUCUCGGCCGCCCAGGACCAGCUCGCCGAGGAGAAAGCGCAGAAGGGGCAGCAGCUCAGCCUACACGAGUACAUGCAGGCGCACCUCGAGAAGUUCACGGUCACAUCGGCGCAUGACCCUAGCAGCAGUAGUGGCUGCUCUGACACGGCGCUCGAGGAGGCAAUAACGCCGUACCGCGCGCUGGCGCAGCAGACGGAGCCACUUGCGGCGGAGAUUCACGAGCUGGCGCGUAAGGAGGAGAAGGCACAUGGGCGGAUGAACGCGCUGGUGGCGGCGCAGACGCUGGUUGAAGGGGAGAUGGAGAGCUCAGCGGCGAGGCUGAGGGCGCUAGAGGGGGUGCUCAAGCGUGCGACGGAGGAGCUGCAGGCGUUUUAUCAGGCGCAGAUUUCUGAAUGCCAGAGCCGGCUGGAGAUGCUAGAGGCUACUUGUGCGGUAGCUUCGUAG